GCUUGAAAGCGGCAUCUUGUCUCUCUGUCUCUCUCUCUAAAAACCUUUCUUUCUCUCACAUAAUCUAUUCUUUUAUGUCACUAAGACGCAGACUCCGAUACUCGAUCUUGGGAUCGCCUUGGUUUCGGCUUUGCUUCGGACACUGUAAAACAAUUUGCAAUAGUUGGUGACUUGCACUUGCCUUUUUCUCUUUUGAGGAGAAUCGGCCAUGGCGGAGCGCCAAUGUUUUGAAACUGACCAACUUGGAAGCUCGAAGGUUACUGCUGGGCAAGAGGACGACGAAGAAGAAAUGGAAGAUUCGGAGGAUGAAUCAGAGGUGGAGUUGGAAGAUGGAGGAGCGUUGAGUGAGUUGCAACCGAUUGAGUUGAGGAUCGAUUCGUCGGUUACUGAAGCUGCGGCGAGGGAGUCUCCAUCUGAAACCCUAACGGCGCCUUCUGCGAAUCACUCCUCGGAGAACGGUUUGCCCGUCGAUUCUGCUGCGCAGUCACUCGAAGAAGCUGAAUUGAAGCGAUCUCCAUCUUCCUGCCAUGAGCCUUUGGCUGUUGAAGCAACCCAGACAGAUAAGGUGCAAGAACAAAGCCAGCUUCAGUUGUCAAUAUAUAAAGGACCUGAUCCGGAACAAUCACCAACUUCUGUUACCCAGUCUAUCUCAUCCUCCGCAAGUCCAAGUUUAUCCAAACAUAAACUGUCACCUAAGAAGGUCCAGAAAGAAUGUAAGCCAGAGCCAAGCCAGAAAAAUUCUUCCAACCAUAAAACUGCAUCAUCGGUUCCCAAUGUUAGGACACCUGCUUCUGAUGGUUACAAUUGGAGAAAAUAUGGUCAGAAGCAAGUGAAGAGUCCUAAGGGUUCGCGUAGUUAUUACAAGUGUACAUAUUCUGAAUGCUGUGCUAAGAAGAUAGAAUGUUGUGAUCACUCAGGCCAUAGAACAGAGAUUGUUUACAGGAGCCAACAUAGUCACGAUCCACCUAGGAUGAUUAGCAACCCCAAGGAAAGACAGCUUGUGCCAUAUGUUGAGCCUGUGGUUAAGCAAAUCAUUACACAACAUACCAGAAGAGUAAUUAAUGAUUCAGAUCCUCCCACGCCUUCUAAAGAACCUUCACGGGAAACAGCUUUAGUCCUUGUAAGGAAACGACAGUACUCGAGUGACUCUGAUGGAAAUGAUGAAUUUAAAAUCAAAGAUGAGAAUGACGGCGAACCUGAGACAAAACAAAAAGUUAAGAAAAGUAGUGCGGGAUAUUCAGGUACUCCCUUAAAACCUGGAAAGAAACCGAAAUUUGUGGUGCAUGCAGCGGGUGACGUGGGAAUCUCGGGCGAUGGAUACAGGUGGCGCAAGUAUGGUCAGAAAAUGGUGAAAGGAAGUCCUCAUCCUAGGAACUACUACCGAUGUACCUCUGCUGGGUGUCCAGUCCGUAAGCAUAUUGAAUCAGCAGUAGAAAAUCCAUAUGCAGUGAUUAUAACAUACAAGGGAGUUCAUGAUCACGACAUGCCUGUACCGAAGAAACGACACAGUCCACCAAGUGCUCCUCGUGUAGCUGCUGCAGCUCCAGCCUCCAUGAGCAAUACGCAACCAAAGAAAACAAACUUAACCGAGAGCCAAAUUUCUUCAACACAGUGGUCUGUGGAUGCUGAAGGAGAGUUGACUGGUGAGGCCUUGGAGCUUGGAGGUGAGAAGGCAAUGGAAUCUGCUCGAACACUUUUGAGCAUCGGAUUUGAAAUCAAGCCCUGCUAAACUAACCGUGCGACUCGGUAUGAACAUUCAUGGCUGUGUGUGUAUCUGAUCAGCAGGUUUGGUUACUGUUGAGCUAUUUCUUUCUUUUUGUCUUCCCUUUCUCAUUCCCCUCUUUCCCUUAGCCAUUUACGUAACAGUUGUGUAAAUUUGGUUUCAUUAUACACCUCCCUGAUUUGGCACGGGGAUGAUGAUUUCAUUUUCUGGUUCUUAGAAGAAACUGGUAGCAGCGGCCUACCUCAGCUAUUCUAGCCUUUCCCCCCUCCCAAGUUAAUUAAUGAGAGACUAUAUUUCCGGAUU